AUGGACAGCGCCAACGCCGUUCCCGUGGCGGCGCCGUCGCUGCAGUCGCUCUCCCGCCAGCGCAGCUGCACCGAGCUCCCGCGCUUCGCGGACGCCGAUGCCGACGCCGAGGAGAGGAAGAUCGGCAGGUCGUCCGGGAAGGGCGCCGGCCACGCGUUCGGCCGCUCCAUGCGCUUCCUGCCGUCGUCCAAGCCCGCCGCCGUCACGCUCACACCAGGCCGCGUCGCGCCGUCGGACCUCCGCAGGCUCGCCGCCGGCUACUCCCUGGACGCCCGCGCCGACGUGGGGAGCUCCGGGUCCGAGUGCAGCGACGCCUCCAGGGGGUCCAGCGCAAGGUCAGCGAUCCCCAAGCCCAACUCGCCGAUGAUCGCCCGUACGAGCUCCGUCCGGCUGCUCGGCUCGAGCAACUCGCAGUGGGCGCUCUCGCCGGGGCGCCGGAGUAGCUCGCCCGCCAAGACCCUGGCGACCGUGUCGGAGUCGAAGGGGAAGAAGAGCCUGCUGAGCAUGGGGUGGGGCCAUCUGUUUAACCGGAAGAAGUCCGGCGGAGCGGAUAACUCCAUUCAGACGAUCCCGGCCACCGUGCCGUCCUCGCCGGUGUCACGCAGCCACGGAGGGAUAGGAGAAACCGGACACCAGAUGAGGAUGAUGCAUUGCCGGUUCUUGCAGUGGCGCUUCAUGAACGCCAAGGCAGACUCUGCGUGCAAGACCAAGGCCGCCAACGUCGAGGUUCAGUUGAUGGGUACAUGGGCCCGGGUGGCGGAGCUAAGAGGAAAGGUAGCAAGGAAGCAAGUGCAACUCGAGAAGGGGAAGCUGAAGCUUAGGUUGAAUGAGAUACUCUCUUCUCAGGCCUCCCUCCCGGCAAUGGCAUCCAUACUCGAGCAGAUGUUCGAGCUCACAAUGACGGCCAGGAUAUCAGUUCGCUCGUUUAGCCCUAUGGCCCAAGAUACGACCGUCGUGAUCUCGAAGCUGAUUCGUGUGGCUAGUGAGGAGCGAGCUCGGUUACAGGAGUGUCACGAGUUGCUUGGACGGCUCUCCGCACUGCAGAUUGAAGAACAGAGUUUGCGUUGCCAUAUGGUGCAAUCGUCGUCUCUGAAUCUUGUGAAUGUGAAUUAG